AGCAUCACACAACUGCUCAACUACACGUGAAGCUGCAGCAAUAUGCACAGCAUCCUACACUCGCGCACAGUGGCCACCGCCGUGUCCUGCAUGGCACUCGCCUUAUCCUCUUCAAUCGGUCUCACCAGUGCCGAGGAGCUCUGCUCCAUCCCACCGUACUCGUACACGAGAGCCAAGUCGGACCACCCGGAGCUCACGAGUGCCAUCGAAACACUGGAAAACUACGCCAUCGCUUCGUGGUUCACGGAUCGCCAGGGAACCGAUGAACGUUCGACCAUGCUUUCCAACAUGCUCAACCAGUGUUCCGAAGAAACUCGCCUCAGUAUCGUAGUCUACGGUAUCCCCAACAAGGACUGUGCUGCUGGGUUGUCGUCCGAAGGAAGCGUAAAGAGCACAGACGACUACAAGGCCUUCUUACAGGAGCUCACGGGUGCCAUCGGCGACCGUAAGGUACUUUACGUUGUUGAACCGGAUGCGUUGGGCCUGUUGGCAGAGGAGGGCGGCUGCGGUGCAUCCGCUGGUUAUCUAGACAACCUCAAGGUGGCGGUGGAGGCCUUGUCCUCCAACCCCAACGCUGAGCUGUACAUUGACAUUGGCUACUGGAUGUUGGCGUACCCCGACAGCGCGAGCAAGGUGGCUACUGCGAUGAAAGAGAUUGUUACUUCCGGCCGCGUCAAGGGCGUGACGAUCAACACGUCGAACUACCGAUCCACCGAUGAGUGCACCACAUACUGCACGAACUUCCAGACUGCUAUGGGCAAAAGCGAUAUGUCCUGCGUUGUGGACACCUCCAGAAACUACAAUGGUUCUCCUACUAGCGACUGGUGCAACGUCCAGACUGCUGGUAUCGGCAAACCACCAACGUCGGAGACUGGUGUCUCGAACAUCGACUACUUCAUGUGGAUCAAGCCGCCCGGAGAGAGUGACGGUGAAUGCCCCACGGGUGGAACUUCGGCAGGCUCUUUCUACCUGGAGGGCUUCACGCUUCUCUGGGACCAAAGUUAUUUUGUGAGCGAACAGGGCAUGCCGAAGAUAGGCGACGGCCCGAGCACCCCGGCGCCAACAAAAUAUGAACCAAAUUCAAGCGCCGAUGACGAAAACCAGAGUGCACCAGAUCAGACCACAUCGAUGCCCACUCACGCCCCGACGACCGACAACUCGAACUGGAAUCAGGAACAAACUGUGGGAACCGUUGCUCCAGCCGACACUACUUCGACCGAAGCCCCGUCCACUCCAGAAACAGUUGCUCCAUCCACCACAGCGCCUGUCAUGGAAACUACGACAGCUCCGUCAUACUCUACGACCCCUGCUACGACUGCGCCGUCCACAACAGCGUCGACUGGACAGACGGAAAGCACAACGCAGUCUAACACUAUUCCUCCACGUAGUGCCUGCAAGGCAAAAAAGCGUUUGCGCUCGCUGUAA